UGUGCUCCACGUAUGUAGGUGUGUCCAUCGAAAUGGACCUUUGUCAUGUCUCGCUCAUACGUGUCUGUGAUGUGAUUCAUGAAAUGUGAUGCAUUUUACUCUGAGGCGGAGACAAAGAUGUCAAAGCCUGUCAUGACUAAUGUGCUUCAAAUGUUGCUCACUGGUGGAGAAACAGAACAUUAUUAUACACUGAGCUGCCAAUGUAUUGGGAACACACACACACACACUGUCGAUACUCUUUAUAGUUUUUUAGUUUUAUCAAGUAGAUCUGCAAUGUAGUUGAACUCAGUGGAAGUGUAAUACUGACACAAUGAUACACGUGAGAAUCUGUAAAACAUUGGUUUGAACAACGCUAGAGUGGUCUAGUUACUGAGCACACUGUUAUCAACUAGACACUCUUGCACUUGUAAAAACCAGUACUCUCACCUUAAACCUCAGGCUUCCACACGAUACAAUACAGUUUCGAUUCAUAAAGCAAAUCUGAUACGAUGCGUUGUGAUUCAAUUUAGUAGCCUCUAAUUGAUGUGUGACUGACUGUUCAGAAUCUGGAGUGGGCUUACUGUUAGUUCGGGAAUAAUGAUAACAUAGAAAAGGACUAGUUUAAAAGUAUCAGUGUUACGGCCAAAUAACUUUGCUAGGCUAUUAAAUUAUAUACACCUCAGUUUACAAAUAUGAAUUAUUUUAUACACACCAGUUGUUUGUCCUUUUUUGAUAAUAAUAGAUUUAUAACUGAUAAUAAUAGAUUCAUGUUUGUUCAUGGAGUUAUGUUCAGUUCAUUUCAGUUGUGACAUUUUAAAUAGAUGCUUCGAUCCAAAUUGUUGGAUUGUUCCACCCCUAUUCUCAGCACAGCGCUGAUGUGGACAUGGUCAUGGUAUGGUAGUGGGUGUGGCAGUGGCAUGGGUGCAUUGGACAGCGUCAACGCUGGGUUGAGAAACAGUCUGCCAGCCAAAUAUAUCCAGCCACCAGCAGUGCUGUGGUCAGAACGUGACACUGAUAAAAGUUUGGUGGACAUUGGUCUAAGCCUGGACCAACAAGGUGGGGGGCCAAGUAAAAGUACACAGUGUUUUUUUUUAAAAAAACAGCAACACUGCUGCACUGUGCUGAAAGUGGACCCCCUACCAAAUAAUAAUGGUGUCCCUUUUCAUUGAUGGACAGGGUAGAGUGGGCUGACAGAUUAGUCGUUAAUAUAUAUCUGUAUAACUGUAUGAUUUUGGUGGAAUAAAUGGUUGAUGCUUACUGUUUUCAGUUGAUAAAGUUAUAAUAAAGAGGCCUUGUGUUUUACUUUGGAAUUAGUGAGCUGUUCACUUCUGUAUAUGUCUGAAAAGCAUAGUGGAUAUUUAUGCACUACAACAGGUUUGUGUCCAAAUGAUGUACUCUAGCAGGUACAGAAUACCCAUAAUGCCUAUUUGAUAUUCAUAGAGAACACAAGGUAGUGUGCCAUUUCUUCAGCCACCUCCAGUUCCACUAUUAAAGCUGGUAAUUAAGUAAUACGAUGAAUCAGGUUUGUUUGAGCAGGGAGGUUGGUAAAUAGUGCUGGACUCUGGCCCUUUAGAACCACGGCUACUUUUAAAGAACUUUCCCUAGAACAUUUAAUAAGACCGAGAUAGUGGAAAUGUACAGGAUGUUUCUAUGGUUUUAUUCCUUUUUCCACAAGCAACGUUACAAACCGAAAGUAUUUGUGUGUCAAAAUCUGAGCGAGCAGCAAUUGGCUUGGAUGCUUUUCAUAUUUGAAUAGGUCCUCUAGGUGUGCUGAGCUUAUCCGGAAGACUCCCACAAGUUUUCUUUAAGCUGUGACUUGACCUAAGUUCUAGGAAUAAUGACUGUUGCUAAUGCCAAGUCUGCUACAGCUAUGCAGAAAGUGUUGGAUAACCUCAAGGAGCUGCCUCCCUCCACCGGCGCCAAAGACAUUGACCUCAUCUUCCUCCGUGGCAUCAUGGAGAGUCCCAUAGUCCGCUCUCUGGCCAAGGCUCAUGAGAAACUGGAGGAUGUGAAGCUCGAGGCAGUGCGGAACAACAACGUGGAGCUGGUGAGCGAGAUUCUGUCUGACAUCAGUGGCCUAGCCGAGCACAACGACAGCGCAGCAGAGCUCUCCAAGAUUCUCAAGGAACCACACUUCCAGUCCUUAAUAGAAACUCACGAUCAGGUGGCUGCUAAAUCUUUUGAAACACUUCCAUCUACGGCAAACAACACUACCAAGUACAGCACCUCUCUUAUGCCAGUGGACACUGUGCGUAUGAUCAGCAUCCAGAAGAAGGCAGGAGAGCCGCUGGGUGUGACAUUCCGAGUGGAGAACGGCGAGCUUGUGAUCGCGCGCAUUCUCCAUGGCAGCAUGAUUGACAAGCAGGGCAUGCUGCACACGGGCGACGUCAUCCGGGAGCUGAACGGCCAGGAGGUGGGCGGCGAUCCUACGGCAUUGCAGGAGAUGUUGAAAGACAUCAACGGAAGCGUCACCCUCAAAAUCUUGCCCAGCUACAGAGACACACCCACACCUGCACAGGUGUAUCUGAGACCUCAUUUCAAGUACAACCCUGAAACAGACAACCUCAUUCCCUGUAAAGAAGCAGGACUGGCUUUUUCCAAAGGGGAGAUCUUGCACAUUGUGAACAGGGAGGACCCCAACUGGUGGCAGGCACGUAGUGUAGUUGGAGGCCGCACUGGUCUCAUCCCAAGCCAGUAUUUGGAAGAGAAGAGGAAGGCAUUUGUACGGAGAGACAUGGAAGGAUCAGGAAUCCUCUGUGGAACGAUAACUGGAAAAAGGAAGAAAAAGAAAAUGAUGUACUUAACAUCAAAGAAUGCAGAAUUUGAUCGUCAUGAGCUGCAGAUCUAUGAGGAGGUAGCUAGGAUGCCUCCAUUCCAGAGGAAGACACUCAUCCUGAUUGGUGCUCAGGGUGUGGGCCGCAGAAGCCUGAAGAACAGGCUGAUUGUGUUAAACCCAUUGCUCUUUGGCACCACCGUACCCUUCACGUCUCGGCGGCCACGUGACGACGAGAAGGAUGGACAGUCGUACUGCUUUGUGUCCAGAGCAGAGAUGGAGAUGGACAUUAAAGCCGGCCGCUACCUUGAGCAUGGGGAGUAUGAUGGGAAUCUGUAUGGCACCAAAAUCGACUCCAUUCACGAGGUGGUCCACGCCGGUCGCACCUGCAUACUGGAUGUCAACCCACAGGCACUGAAGGUGUUGAGAACAGCGGAGUUCAUGCCGUUUGUGGUUUUCAUCGCUGCUCCCGAGCUGGACACACUACGAGCCAUGCACAAAGCUGUGGUGGACGCAGGAAUCACCACCAAACUACUGACGGAAACGGACUUAAAGAAAACGGUGGACGAGAGUGCCAGGAUCAAACGGGCGUAUAGCCAUUACUUUGACUUGACAAUAGUGAAUGAUAAUCUGGAUAAGGCCUUUGAGAAACUGCAGGCAGCUGUGGAGCAGCUGUGUACAGAGCCUCAGUGGGUACCAGUUAACUGGGUUUACUGAACUGUCCAUCCUCAUCAUCUUUAGCACCACCACCACCACCCUCAUCAUCUUCAUCGCUGGUGUCAUGGACCACGGCAGGACUGUCGGUGGUCAGUGCGUCUCAGCCUGACCCUGAGGUCCAACCCUGCUAUGCAAAGCUAUACCAUCCAUGAGAAAAGAAAGGGAAGUGUACUUAUUUAUUGACUUUUUUUUUAAUCUACCAGCAGAACACAUCUCGAGGCAUAACUGUUCCUUGUGUUACUAUACAAAUGAUGUACUUACAGGGUGGUCAAAGUCGUUUUGUUAUCCACAGUGAGAAGCUGAAGCAAAUGUCAUUGCUGUGAGUUGUGAUACACUUUUGUACUGGAGCGUUUCAGCGGCCAAUUCAUCUUACUGAUCUCUUUAAUGCUAGUUUUCUACAUAUUAGUAAAUGUACUCAGCAGUUUUCAUGGUACUGCUAUGCGGAAACUCGUUACAAUAUUGAACUAUUGUUGUACUAAGUUGUCUUUUAUUGAUGGAGAGAGGAGGGAGAAAAGAGAAGUGGGAAAUAUUUUACCAACUAAUUUUUUUUUUUUUUUUUUUUCUAAGAUGUAACACCACUUUGAGUUUUACGUUAUGCUGCAACUGUAGCAUUAGAAAAUCAGCUGAACACUGUGGAGUAUCUAUUCAUACGCUGUCAUAUUCGAUCGUUGUCUAAAAAAUGUCUAAAAUGUCUUGAUGCUUCAAAAAAGCACAGUAUUCAUCUCAAUGCCUUUGCAGUGUCAUACAAAAUUAACAGUAGUGACAAAUGUUCUUAGUAAAUAUGGAUUUUGGGACACAAGGUUUAUCAACUAAAGUUUUUUUUUCUAUAAACACUAUGACUUGCCCGUGUAUUUGUGUGCUAUAUUUCAAUGUCUAUGUCUUAUGUGUUCUUACCACCACAUUAAUAAUGUGUAUCUGCCCUUGUUCCCUUUUCAGUUGGAUAAAGUGUGCAGUUAUUCAUUUCA